AUGCGGAAGUUAUUCAACCAAUAUGGCAGCGUCCUUGACAUCAGGCAUGUUUUGAACACCGUCAGUGUCAAACAUGCUCAACAGAUACAAAUUUUCGGGCGGUGCGAGUGGAAAGAGAAGCUUGUGAGAGCGGAACAUGGAGAGACGAGAGUUUGUAGCGUCUUUGGUGGCAGGGGGCUGCGCAGGGAUGUGUGUGGAUCUGACCCUCUUCCCCCUGGACACCAUUAAGACAAGACUGCAGAGUCAGCAAGGUUUCUACAAGGCAGGGGGCUUCAGGGGCAUCUACGCCGGAGUCCCAUCUGCUGCUGUCGGCUCCUUCCCCAAUGCCGCUGCUUUCUUUGUCACCUACGAAUGCACAAAGUCCCUGCUCGGCGCUGGCGGACUGCUAGCAGCACCACACGUGGCACCUGUCACUCACAUGCUGGCCGCCUCCCUGGGAGAAAUAGUGGCGUGUCUGAUCAGGGUGCCCACAGAGGUGGUCAAACAGAGGACCCAAGCUUCUCCCUCAUCCACCACCUACCACAUACUGCUGGCUACACUCAGAGAAGAGGGAGUCCGAGGCUUGUACAGAGGAUUCAGGAGCACGGUUCUCCGAGAGAUCCCGUUCUCGCUGGUGCAGUUUCCACUUUGGGAAUAUUUAAAGACUCUGUGGUCACGGAGGCAAGGUCACACGCUCUACUCUUGGCAGGCUGCAGUGUGCGGAGCUUUUGCAGGUGCGGUAGCGGCAUUUGUUACCACUCCUCUUGACGUGGCGAAGACCAGGAUCAUGCUCGCUAAGGCCGGGUCGACCACAGCGAAAGGCAACAUCCCGCAGGUGCUCUACUACGUAUGGAGGAGCCAAGGCCUUUCAGGUCUGUUUGCGGGCAGCAUACCGAGGAUAACCUUCAUCAGUGUGGGCGGCUUCAUCUUCCUGGGCGCCUAUGAGAAGGUCCGCCGCUCUUUGCUAUAGCAGCCCGUCCUCUGUGACCGUCCUGAGCCCUGACGUAGUGGAGCAACAGCAGGAGAAGCAUCUCUGAAAGUAGCACCCUCGUCCCCUGGAGGCCCCAUGUGCCUCCAUGCUGCUGGGCCCCCGAGAAGCAGGGAACACCUGGUGCCCGGGGGGGAGAGUCGUCCACGGGCCUGAUCGCAUUACCCGGAGCACUGCAUUCCUGCUCAUCAGUGUCCUGAGUUUAGCAGCCUGAGCUCACAGUCCUGUAACAGCACCAGCAGUUUGGUGAACUGGAGCCGCACCCUGUCGCACAAGACUAGCAAUGAAGCAUCUCUACUGUUUAAUGUGUGUGUGUGAAUCAAUGAGUUAUGGUAUUAAAGACUGUCUCUUUUUAUGCUUUGAGGUGAGGUGUGGUGAUUUGGGUCCCUGCAGGCUGCUCCUGUAAAGCUUCCUCUCUGCGGUUUCACCAUCAUUUUAGUGUUUCAUCCAUAUUUUCUCUGCUCAGCCAGGCCACCUGUGUUAAAGACCCACCAGGGGUAGACACAGUAAUAUAUCUCAUCAUUGUUCCAUUCCCGCUGGAGCACAGCUGAGCUCAUCCACCUGCUGGAGCUUUAAUUUUAUACUUAAGAUGCCUCCAACAACAGAGCACUUUGUUAAAUUAAUAAGGCCUCAGUUUUAUUAGGAGCCUCAGGUGUCCUGCACAAGCUCUGGUAUCAUAAUUUGGGAUAUAUCAUGUGUUUCUUGUUAAAUGUUUUUAUUAGGUAGUUAGCUCGAUUGGGUGGUUGAUUGAUUUGACAUUGGAGCUCUUGUCAAAAAGAGGCUGUAAGGAAUUAAUCUCAAACUUGUGAAAGUGCAGAAUCAUCCAAAGUUAGCUUGAUAAAUAUCAACCUUGUGUUAAUCAGUAGAGCGAUGGUGUUACAUACGUAGCUUUAGUUUUGAGAGAACAUUAAUUCACCCUUUCAUCUAGCUAAGAUACUCAGAGUAAAUGUUGAAAAAAAUAAGGUUGUUAUCACAAUUUAACUUCACUACAAAGAGUUCAUUUGUUUGUGUUCUUGCCUUGAGUCAAAAAAGACUGAUCCCCCCCCUUGUGUUUGUGCGGUAAAUAUGAAGCUUCAGCCACCAGCCUGUUAGCUUAGCUUAGCACAGAGACUGGAAACAUUUGGAAACAGCUAGCCUGGCUACCAGCACCUCUAACGCUCGAUAAUCAACACACAGUGACUAAGCGAGUCUUGUCGUGAGUGUGAGACUGUAGGCAAGCAAAACUACUGGUAGGCGGGCUUUGACUAAAUUGAGCCAGGCAAGCUGUUUUCCCGUUUUCAGUCUCUAUGCUAAGCUAAGCUAAGCUAACAGGCUGCUCUACAGCACAUACAUGAGAGUGGUAUCAAUCUUUUCAUCUAAAACUUGGCAAGACAGUGAAUGUGUGAAUUUCCCAAAAUGUGCCAAUUCCUUCAAAGGUAUACCAUGCAAGAUUGUCGGUUACUGCUUGGAAACACUUGUCGGAAAAAGUUAAAGUAAAAGCCAACCCCAAACUCACUGUCGUUUGGUGUUUUUGACUCACAAUAUUUGUGCUUUGGAUGCCUGCUGCUUAUGGUCUGGCACCUAGUCGCUAUCUUUUUAUAAAGCCCCGACCUCACCUGAGCGCUGUGUGGGUACACGCCCAUAGAUGUCCCAAGCACAGACAAUAAGAAGACAAUAAGAAAACACAGGUAGAGGGCAGUAGAGGUGCAACGAUUAAUUUAAGGUUCUAUUAGAUGUCAUGUAUUGAAUGAAUCGCCAACUAAUUUGAUUCAAUCGGUUGAUCAAUUUGACGACUUUUUAAAGUACUAAGUUGAAAAUUUCUGAUUGUUAAAUGUAAAUAUUUCCUGGCUCCUUUACUCCUCUGUGACAGUAAACUGAACGCCUUCGGGUUGUGAACAAAACAAGACAUUUAAGGGGCGUCAUCGUGGGCUUUAGGAAACACGAAUCGAUAUUAUUCACCAUUUUCUGACAUUUUAUAAAAAAAAUAACGAAUUGAUUAAUCAAGAAAAUACUCAACAGAUUAAUCACCAAUGAAAAUAAUUGUUAGUUGCAGCUUUAGUAGGCAGAGUCUCUGCAGACAAAUACACAGCCACACAUUUCUAGUAGGUCACUCAUAAGUGACGAUUAAGAGGGAUUAUUUCUGUUUAAGUUUAUACAUUGUUUUUUUUGUUUGUUUUUUUAAAUCCUGCAUAGCAUAUUUUAUGAAACCUGGAAAACCAGUAAUAUAUCUACAGAAUAAGUAGUAGGCUCUAAAUCGCAUGCAUUCAGCUUUAUUCAGUUCCUUGUAUUGUAUUCAGGUCGCUCCAUUUUAUUAAACUGGGGAAAUUAUUUAAGUUUUAGAUAGAUUAAUUAAAUCAGUUUAGUAGGAACUGCCCAUAUAAAGAAGUGUGCAAACCUAAGGGCGUAUUGCACUUGUGGUAUCCAGCCAUGCAGAUGGUUCUGUUUUAUUUUAUGUUUCUGAGAUGUCAGCUCCUAAAACCAAAUUAUGAUCUGUAUGACAAGAUCAAGUGGGGUAAAAUGUUUUUGUUGUGAUUUAUUUAAACAAGCAGUUUAUUAGUAUUUAUUAUUAUGACGAUAUAACAUGAACUACAGAUGUAAUUGCAACUGGCCGUAAAGGUGGGAAUUAAAUGUAUGUAUGUGAAUUAUGAGGUUUCUCAGGGAUUUAUUUAUUUAAUGGUUGAUAUGUUAAAGAUCCAUGUUCUCCUGUGUAGCUGCUGUAAAAAGAUGCCUUCUCCUUCACCAGCCAGCUGUUCUAGACAAUGUCCACCUUCCACUCAUGUCCCCCUUUUCAAAUGAAGACCACACAGGUAUCCAAGAUGACUUAUUACAGGACUAAAUCACUCAUCUACAUCUGAUGCAGGAACAGUUGAGCCACAGCAUCAGUGUUCUCCUUGUACUCAGUGAGUUAGCUCAGACGUUGUCCCUGCAGUCACUGCUUCAGUAAAACUGAAGACUUGGUAAAUCCUGUCAGGAGACGGAUGGCCUCACAGGUGGGACUGUUUGUCAUGUUGCUUGUCACUAGGCUGUUGGACAACAAUGGGCGGAGUGUGAUUGGUGGAGGCCACGGCCAGUAGCAUGUCAAUCGUGCGGAGACAAACAUCCAUCUGGAAUGCACAUUCUGGCCAGCCACUGACCCUCACUCCACCCGGACUCAAUAGCAAAUAUUUUAAACAGCCCGCAGAAGGAAAAAAUAUGCCUGCUGUCUUUGGGAGCUUCAGGGAGCCAGGACACAUUCCUGGUUGGAAGAUUAGCUUUGUGCCUGUACGUGUAUGUGUGUGUGUUUGUGGGCCAGGCACAAGGUACUUCACUGCUUUGAAGAUCAAGGUCUCUGGAUUUCAUGUCUUGGUGCAUUCUCCAUG